UCUGUCCGCUUGUGCAGUCUUGCGAAAUACUUUCGCUGUGUCUCCAGUGUCUUAGCGAGCACCUAGGCAACCGUGCUACUAAUUGAAGAAAAAAUCGCUCUGUUUUAUUGUUGUCUGAGGUAUAGAACGGCAAAAAAGCCGGUCCGAUACCAAAAGUGUCAUCACACGGAAAAAGAAAAGUUAAAACAGCGACGCAAGGACGCUGUAAUUUGGUACUGCCAGCAGAAGACGCUCCUCGAAAACAAACCCAAUCUAAAAAUGGUUGACGCUCAAGAGUUGAACGGCGAGUACAAUGAAGAAAUUGACAGAGUACACAGUGACGAGGAAAUGUUCCCAUUGACUGGGAAUUCACAGCAAUACGAGUUAAAAGAUUUAGAUAGUCAGACCAUGCAACUAUUCAACAGCCAAACGUACGCGGACGAUGCAAAACGGGUUCUAAACAACAACGAUUUUGCCACACACUCCGAGGGUUUUGAGCUGCCAGUUUCGUCGAAAAACAUUGACAAUUUGGGUCCGGGGCAAACAAUCGAGUUAGAAGUAUACACAGCCCGUGUGAAUAACAAAUCACUUUCGCCAACUCUGGACCAUAUGAAGCUGUUUCCGUCAUUGGACCCAAUGCUCUUGCCAUGGAUCAACUUCCAGGUGAGUCUACCAAGCGAUACAAGUGAUAAAACCAGUUGGAUGUAUUCCAAAAAAUUGGGCAAACUUUUCGUGAAAAAGGGAAACACAUGCACAUUCAAUGUUUCUCUAGCUGCGGCCCCAGAUACACCGACGAUUGUUCGUGCCAUGGUGGUAUGCUCGGCACCAGAGGAUUUGCACCAUCCAGUUAGCCGUUGUGACGAUCAUCGUUGCAGUGACAAUCAAGAAAUAGCGGACGACAUAAAAAUGCACGUGGCGCGUUGUAAAAACGAGCAGGUCACCUACGUCGGUGUAAAAGAUGGGAAAGUUUUCGAGGAACGUCUUGCAAUUUUGGUGCCAAUGGGACUCUCGAGCAAAGCUGGAAUCACACUUGAGUUUGUAUGUCAAAACUCCUGUCGCACCAUUAAUCGUCGUGCUACCGCUUUAGUUUUCACACUAGAAAGUGAAUCUGGUCACAUUCUCGGCCGUCAAACGUUUCAAAUUAAGAUCUGUACCAACAUCAAACGUGACAAACAGAACGAGGAGAAUGCAACAUUGGAGGAAAGUAUACGAAAGCGCAAAGCAGCGCAACCUUUGAGCAAUAAGCGCACCAAGAAACGGGCACGUUACGGCCAAUAUCAACAUAACGGUGGUAACGUUCACAUUAAAGAAGAACCGGGUACAAGAUUAAACGAUAUCGAUCCAGUCACGGUUCAAAUCACACUACCAAACCGUCGAAUGGCCAAACGCUUAGUCGAAAACGCAAUCGGCCUUGUCUCAGCGGCGAUCGUUCGGUCAUCCAGCGAAACCGUACGAAGCCAGUUAAUGCAGUAUGUACAUGACAUCAGACGUAGUAAAUCUAACUACGGAAUGGCCAACAGUCAAACCAGUGUGGACAGUGAUUGAUGAGGGAGAAUUUUAUUGGAAUGAUACUAAUUUAUGCUAUUUUUAGAAAGUAUGAUUAUUAAGUUUAGCAUUUUAAGUUUUACAUUUAAAAAAUAACAGAACUACCUGAUAACUACUUAUAUUUUAAUAAAGGACAAAAAGUGAUGAUUAUUAAAUAA